GAAGAUAAAAGUAGACAAGACUUCAGAUGAAGAACAGCUGAAAGAUGAACGCUUAUUCUUGCAAAUCAUGGAUUUUUUUUAGUAAAGUUAUAUUAUGUUCUAUGCUAUGAAAUAGAGAAAUGUUUUAAUUAAAAUGAAUCCUGAAAAUUCCUAAAAAAAAAAUAAACCACCAAGGAUUCUCAACUUCCAUAGGACAUCUUUCGACAACGCUCCUAGAUUAUAUCAGUCGCCUAUAGAAUGGUAUCUAUGUCAAAUAGAUGCUGUUCAAAAAUACAUUGAGACAUUCGAUACCCCUUGAUAAAAGUUAAAGUGGAAAAGCUAGAAAAUAUCCCUCCCAGAACAUCACCUUCCUAUCGUUCCUGAAAAGUUUUGAGCCUCUCCUAGAUUAGAAUCGCUCCGCCGCCUCUGGGUCAGGUACUGAUUGAAAGCCAGUAUCCGUCACCGACCAGCAAUCAUAAACUCUGAAAAUAAUAUGAAGAUCUCCAAAAGCAUUAUAUAAGACAGAUUUCUGUUUUUAAUUGACGAUGUAGUUAUAAUCAACUGUUGUUAUACAGUUAUAUAGCAUUAGAUGUUUACUAUAUAUUGUAAGCGAUAGCGAUUUUUUCAAGCUAUUUAUGCUUGAAUAAGACGAAAUAAUUAUACUUGGUAUGACAAAAAAUAAUUCCUAGUGAAUAAUACAAUGUUCUCGGGAGAUCACCCGGAGACUUUUAUUCAAAUUUCAAUUUCCCAUUUGAUAGAGACUAUUAUCAUCUAGUUUUGGCAGAUGCGUAAAGAUGCGGAUUUAAGGCGACCCCCAUUGCCUACUCAAAAUUUUCAUUUUUUCCUUAUGUGUGAUAUGAAGAUUUAUAUGUCCUCUAUCUAAUGAGUACAUUUUAAGAAGGCGAAAUCACCUUUUUGUGUAUAAAAAACUUGAAAAAAAAAUUUAUGCUAAAAAAGAUAAAGAGUGCAACUUCCUUUGGUUUUUUCUCAAAAUCAAAUUUUCAAAGAAAAAAUUGAAGUUUUCCACCCUUUCCUUCAACACGAUCCGACUCAUUGAGCUCAAACUUGUUGCAUGUGUACGUCGAUCGAAUUGAGGUGUGUCUUUGUUUUUUCGCUUGCAAAUAUUGUACCAAUGAAGUUUUGCAAAUUUUACAAAAUUAGUACCAUUCGGUAAAAAGCAUCUUUUAAUGAUUUUUUGUUAAUGCCUUCAGUGUUUUUCUUCUCCUGGGCAUCAGAAACAAUAUUUCUCAAAGCAAAAACGAAUGACACAACCAGAUUUGAUCCUAGUUGCCAUGGAAAGAUUUCAACCCUAAAAAACGCACUGGUUGUCACAAAUCACGGCGUGAACCGCAGAGAGUCAACACAGAAGUUUCAAAGCUGCCUCUGACAUUUGACCUGUGACCCCACCCCUUCGUCUUAUUAUCUCGUCGCCUCAUUAGGUCGUUGCGUAACCAGCAGCCCUACACCCGCACCCACACGCCGAGGUAACGAGGUAAUCAGGUAACGAAAAUGAGAUCGACAGUUUAAGGUUUCCUUGGCGCGACUCGUUGCGGUAACGCCGUGACUUGUGGCAAGCACUCAAAAAACUUAGUGCGGACAUGUGAGGAAGAGGGGAAACUUCAGGCCAUUUUUUGUUCUUGUACUCGCAAGAUCUUCGAGAUGGAAGCAUUUAGGGAUUUUGAGCCUAUGGCAAGUUUUACUCUACUUAUCGAGAUAUAUCGACCCUGCAAGUUUUAAAAAGUUUCGGUGAAUCGUUCUCGAGAAAAAUCGAAAGGAGGGAGAGCGGUCCCGUUAAACUCUUACCGGGAUACAUAGUCUCAAAUAUAAACGUCGACGUAAAUCUGCUUCCACUAAUUUCUACUGUUAUUGCUUAUCUUCCAGAUCGCCGGAGUUUUAAAUAGACAAUGCGAUAUCAAACAUAUACCUUUUUUAAGUUUUACAUUGACUCGUUCGUUCAAGAAUCCGCUUUUAAAAUCUUAGGAAUUAAUAGUUCAAAAUAGCUACGCAUAAUCUUUAGUGUAAACUGUGAAGUGAUGUGUUUCGCAUUUUAUUAUUUUGCCGUUUAUAAAAGAAUAUUUAGUUACAUGGUCGUGCACCAUGUAGGCCGUAAGGAGCUGUGAACACCCUGAAAAGAACUUGCGUCCCUAGCUUAUUUUUGUCGAGAUAUUUAGUUUUUCUGGUAUUUUUAAGCACAACGCUGUGGUUCCUUUCAGAUACACCCGGAAAAUCAACUUUCGAAUGUCGACUUGAAACUUUUCACAGAGAAAGGUCUCAAUAAGACUAAUUAGUUUAUUCUGGAGGUUACAAACCUCUUGGUUGCUCCUAUCCUAAAAUAUGAAAAUUAUACAUUUUUGUGCUAUAAAUGAUGUGAAAAAUACUACUGUUUUCUUAUAUUCAUAUCUCGGGAUAGAAGGAAAUCAAAUAUCUGAAACUGCCAGAAUAAACUAGUCUUAUUGAGAUCUUUCUCUGUGCAAGUUUCAAGUCAAGAUUCGAAAGUUGAUUUUCCAGGUGUACCUGAAGGAAGACCACGGGGUUGUGCUAAAAAAAGCUGAAAAAACUAAAUAUCUCAACAAAAAUAAACUAGGAACACAAAUUCUUUUCAGGAUGUUCACAGCUCCUUAGAGUCUACAUGAUGCGCAUAGGCUCGACUCAAAAGCUAAUUGACACCUGGAAAAUUAGUCCUCAACACCGUCUUCUGCCUAUUGUGCGCCACAUCCGCAGGAAAACCCAUACCGAUACUCAAACCGAUACGCAGAGUCACAGCCAGCCGACACCCACACGCAGAUUCACAUCAACACCCAAAACAGAAAGAAAGCGAAAAAUAUAUAUAUAAAAUUUAAUUUCGUAAUACAAGUACUUUGUCCUUGUGUACUGCUGAUAAGACAUAGAGAUUAAAUGACAUAGAAGAUUGAUCUUGUUAAGUAGCAGUAGUAUUAACAUAGAAGGAGGAAGAAAAAAGAAAGAACACAUGUUUAUGUAAGUGAUAUUUUUUUUGAGUUCGUGUAGCAUUAACAUUAUAAUUAGAAAGGGUAAGUUUGUCAUGCAUCCGCCGUAGAGAAUCUUAAAAGCUUUUUUGUUGUCUGAGUCUGUCAUACUAUACGGUUCUUUCUGUCCAUUUCAGUUUAUCCAUUACGUGGAAGUUCCAUUAACAUUCAUCCAAAUGCUCAAUGGAAACAGAAUGGUAUCACUGUGGCUGGAGGAAAUGGAUAUGGCAAUGGAACCAAUCAACUCCACAACCCACAUGGUUUAUAUGUUGAUGAUGAAACAAUUUAUGUGGCUGAUCAAGCGAAUCAUCGUAUUAUGGAAUGGAAACGUGGUGCAACGAAUGGCCAAGUGAUUGCCGGUGGAAAUGGACAAGGAAAUGGUGCUCAUCAGUUGUCUGACCCAUAUGAUGUGAUUAUCGACAAACAAAGAGAUAGUCUCAUCAUCUGCGACUAUUCGAACAAAAGAGUGGCUCGAUGGCCUCGUCCAAAUGGAACAAGUGGAGAAACAAUCAUCACUAACAUCGAAUGUUUCGGUUUGACAAUGGACGAGGAUGGUUCUCUUUAUGUCGUUGACUAUGAAAAACAUGACGUGAGACGAUAUCGAAGAGGAGAAUCUCAAGCAACGGUGGUUGCAGGUCGCAAUCGAAGUGGAAAUCGUCUGUAUCAACUCUCUUACCCACAUUACGUAUUCGUCGAUCGAGAUCAGUCAGUGUAUGUGUCUGAUUGUUGGAAUCAUCGUGUGAUGAAAUGGGUGGAAGGUGCAAAACAAGGCACUGUUGUGGUUGGUGGUCAAGGAGAAGGAAAUGGUCUUACACAAUUGUCAUAUCCUCGAGGAAUCGUUGUCGAUCAAUUGGGCACUGUCUAUGUGGCUGACUCCUGGAAUGAUCGAAUCAUGCGUUGGCCCAAAGGAUGCACACAAGGAAGUGUCAUUAUUGGUGGAAACGGUGGAGGAGGACAAUCAAAUCAACUCAAUAGGCCCUUCGGUUUGUCAUUCGAUCGACACGGUAACCUCUAUGUCGUCGACUGGGGAAAUCAUCGAGUACAAAAAUUCAAUAUCGAAUUCAAUGGAUAG